AUGACUCCAGAACGUGUCAACAAACUUAUCUUUCGGAUCCGUGAUUCCUUAUCUGAGCUUGAUGCUAAUCCUUUAUCAUGUCAUAUUCAAGCGCAAUUUGACAAUACUUGUGAGUACCUGCGUCGACGCAAAAUGGACUUCGUUUGGCAUAUAACCGCCGAAAUGUCUCCGGCUGGCGAAGUAAAUGGGGCAGAUAAGGAGCCGAAUGUGAUAAUAGUGGAUGAAAAUCGAGAUGGUGUAGAGUCAAAGGAACCUGAAACAGAUCCAGAUUCCUUUCGAUUUGAUCCAUCUGUGUUGGCUGCGAUUCAGCUGUGA